AUGUUAAGUGAAGAUCCUAGACCCGUUCAUGAAUUUGAACCAAUGUUUGACUUAAAACCAAAAAAAUACGCACCUCAUAGACGUACCACAAGGGCUGCAACUGCGCGUAAAGAACGUGUGUGGGAUUACGGUGUGAUCCCGUAUGAAAUUGAUGCUAACUUUAGUGGUGCACACAAGGCCCUUUUUAAGCAGGCUAUGCGUCACUGGGAAAACUCCACCUGCGUGAAGUUUGUUGAGAGGUCACCUGAUGACCAUCCCAACUUUAUUAUGUUUACUGAACGCCCGUGCGGAUGUUGCUCGUUUGUAGGUAAGCGAGGCAAUGGUCCACAAGCCAUCAGCAUUGGGAAGAACUGUGACAAAUUCGGUAUUGUCGUUCACGAGCUUGGGCACGUGGUGGGUUUCUGGCACGAGCACACGCGACCUGACCGGGACAUGCACGUGAAUAUCAUUCGCACACACAUAAUGAAUGGCCAGGAUUACAACUUCAACAAACUGAGUUCGGAUGAGGUCAACUCGUUGGGGCUGACAUACGAUUACGAUUCGAUUAUGCACUACGCACGGAACACGUUCUCGAAGGGGACUUAUUUGGACACCAUCCAGCCGAUUGAUGUGCCAGGCCGGAAGCGGCCCGAAAUCGGUCAACGCCUGCGGCUCUCACAAGGCGAUAUCGAUCAGACUAAUUUGCUCUAUAAAUGUCCAAAGUGCGGUCAAACAUUCCAAGCAAACGCCGCACACUUCAAUUCUCCAAAUUUUAACAAUAUGCUUAGUUUUCACGAAGAGAAAUGUGAAUGGCGAAUUACUGCCACCCACGGGGAAAGAAUUGUUCUGAAUAUUACUGAUCUUGACAUUCCAAAAUCUGCUAACUGCUCAGAGGACUAUAUUGAAAUACGUGAUGGAUAUUGGCAUAAAUCGCCAAUCCUCGGAAAAUACUGCGGUAGUGGUAAAAUAAACGAGCCUAUUAUUUCUACAGGUAGUAGAAUGUUGGUCACGUAUGUAACUAAGGAACCCACCAGUCAACGUGGAUUUGCUGCACAUUACGAGGCUGUUUGUAGAGGUGAACUUGAUUUGGAAUCAGGUGGUCACCUAGAAUCUCCUAAUUACCCCGAAGACUAUCAACCUAACAAAGAAUGCGUCUGGAAGUUGACAGUUCCUGAAAAUUAUCAAGUUGCUAUGAAAUUUCAAAGUUUUGAAAUUGAAAACCAUGAUAAUUGUGUUUAUGACUACGUAGAAGUGCGUGAUGGAUUAACAAUGGACAGUCCUGUUAUCGGUGUGUUUUGUGGGAACAAGAUACCACCUGAUAUAAGGUCUACCAGCAACCAUCUUUUGGUAAAGUUUGUUUCGGACGGAUCUGUACAAAAGGCUGGAUUCUCAGCAACGUUUAUCAAGGAAUAUGAUGAAUGUAGUGGUACUGAGCAUGGGUGCGCACAAGAAUGUGUAAACACUUUAGGGUCUUAUGUGUGUGCAUGCAGAAUUGGAUAUGAGUUACAUUCCGAUGGGAAAAACUGCGAAGAUGCUUGUGGAGGGGUUUACCAAAUUGUUAACGGAACUAUCACUUCUCCUUCAUUUCCCGAUCUAUAUCCAGCAAAUAAAUCAUGCACCUGGGAAAUAGUGGCACCUCCCCAAUACCGUAUUACUUUGAAUUUCACAUCUUUUGAUCUCGAAGGAAAUGAAUUGCAACAACAACAAUGUGAUUAUGAUCGAGUGGAUGUUCUUAGCAAAAAUAGAAACCAUGGACCAUUUUGUGGUCCUACUAAACCACCACUUAUUACUUCCGAGAGUAAUACAUUACGAAUAACUUUUAAUAGUGAUUCAAGUGUUCAAAAAAGAGGGUUUGCUGCUGUUUUCUCAGCUGACAUGGAUGAAUGUGCAAUUAACAAUGGCGGAUGCCAACACGAUUGCAUCAACACUUUGGGCUCCUAUCAAUGCGGCUGUCACAACGGGUUUGUUCUUCAUGAAAAUAAAAAAGACUGCAAGGAAGGCGGAUGCAAAUAUGAAGUUACCAAUCAUUACGGAAAUAUAACUUCUCCCAACUAUCCAGAUUUUUAUCCUUCUCGAAAAGACUGUGUUUGGAAAUUUAGUACUACCCCCGGGCACCGUAUUAAAAUUCAGUUCUUCAGGUUUGAAAUGGAACCCCAUCAGGAGUGCUCCUACGAUCACAUUGUUUUCUACGACGGGGAUUCUCCUGAAGCAAAUACUUUAGGAAGAUUCUGCGGAUCAAAGCUACCACAUCCUAUUGUUGCCACAGGCAACCAGAUGUAUAUGGUGUUUAAAUCUGAUCAGAGUGUUCAACGUGGCGGAUUUCUUGCAACACACUCAACAGUAUGUGGGGGUCAUUUGAGCGCCACUACUACUAGGAAUCACGUCUACUCACACUCAAGAUAUGGAAGCGCUACUUAUGAUGAAUACUCAGACUGUGACUGGACCAUCGAGGCACCUCCCAACCAUAAUGUUUAUAUUAAUUUUCUCGAAUUUGAUUUGGAGUAUGAAGAACAUUGUGGGUAUGAUUAUUUAGAAGUGUUUAAUGGACCAGAUGCUAGUGGUAUGUCAUCGGGGAGAUUUUGUGGAAAUAAUAAACCAGCUGAUAUUAUAUCAGUGCAGGAGACACUCCUCAUCCGAUUCAAAAGUGACGAUACGUACUGCCUCAAAGGAUUCUCCAUUGUCUACGAAGCCGUGGAACGUUAUGACAGUGACGAGGAUUCUUAAAUACAAGUUUCAGCCUCGGCAGCUGCGGUACAGUCAAAACUUAAGCGAUAAUACUCAGAAUACUGCCAUAUGCUUCCAUAUAGCGGUUUAUUGCGACCAACAUUGUUUGAUCUCUCGUGCACAGCUCAACACAUGUACUCAUUUAUCCUGACGGUUUGUACAUAAGUAUUCAGUUAGAUAAUUAAUCAAUUACCUCUUAAAUCAACGUUUAAGUGACAAUUUUAUGUACUUGUACCAUGUAAUACUAAUUUUAAUUAUUAACGGUAAUUAUUCAGCAUAGUAAACUAUAAAUAUUUAUUUCUAGUUGUUAUACUAGUGUAGAUUUUGUGUGGCUAAACAUUGAUUAUAACCGUUAGAUACGUACUAGUAAGUAUAAUUCAAAAUUAUAAAUAAACACAGAACUCAAAUUUA